AUGUUCGCUAACAACCUGACGCAAAAUGGCUGGAUGGCGGUUGCUUUUCAGGGACAGGCCUGCAAGCAGAUUGAGAAUGAGGGCGGCGCAUGCAUGGCUUCAACCCCAGUCACCGAGUGCUCAUGGGUGAACCAGAACAACCUGAUGGGGUCGCUGUCUUGGAAUGACGCUCAGCCUAAGAAUGUCAGGAUCGCCAAUGUUGAUGGCCUGAUGAAAGCCGCCAACUUCACGACCCUUAUCGCCACCCAAAUAGGGUCUAUGACGUAUUGUAAAGUUUCUCAGCUUGUAUCGCAGGCUCCUUUGACGGGGGUGGCCGACAUGGAUAAGGUAUUCCAAGCGAACCCAGCCCUGAACUACACAAUUUUAAAUGCUGUUGGGCCCGGCAAUGGGACAGUGCUGGCCAUCCACACAUCCACCAAUCUCUCGCCAACCCGGAUCCCCAUCGUGUUCGCCAAUUCCAAUGAGACUACGGUCGCCUCAACGCCUGAAACGACAACCCCAGUGACGGCAGCAAUAACGGAAGUUCGA